ACUUUAAUGUCAAAAUUUGUAAUAUUCAUUAUUCUUAUAAUAUAUGUAUAUAUGUAGGUAUAUAUAUUUAUAUAUAGCUACUUGUUCGGUGUAAACAGUUGCCAUGGCAACGGCAUCAAGCAUCAUGGCAGAUGAAGAAGUACCACCUUUGGAAGACGUGCCAGAAGUCUUGGAAAAGUUGAAAAUUGCAUCUCAGACCAAUAAAAUAAAGUCAACCACAUCAGAGGCAGAGAAGAAAAAUGAUGCCAAACAUGUAACACAAGCAGAAAAAUCAUCUACUGGGUUUGGAGGGAUGAAAAAAGGAUUUUUGUUUGGAGGAUCUGCAAAACCAGUUAAAAAGAAAAGUGCCAAGACUACACCACAGUCUGCUUCGAGCACAGAGACCAAGGAACAUGUUGAGGAUAUUCCCCACAUUAAAGCCACUCCAGCGAAGUCAAGUCUUGUUCUCAGUGAGGUACAGGAAGCCAUGAAAGAGACAAGAGAGGCCAAGGACUUUCAAGAGAGUAUUAGCAAAAGGCUAGAAUCGAACCCCAAAGUCUCGGAUGUUCUCUCUGACCCAGCCUGGAUUCCUAUUCUGGAUGAAUUUCAACGAGACCCUGAAGCUGCCAUGAAGAAAUAUAAGGAUGAUGCUGAGAUAAGGAGCACCAUGCUAGAGUUAUGCAAUGUAUUAGGUGACACAUUCCUUCACAUGAGUCGCAGCAAUACCUCAGAGGAGGAGAAGCUCGCUGAAAAGCUAAUGGAAGACCCCAAGGUGAAGGAGGCCCUAACUGAUCCUCUGGUCAUGACAAUGAUGGCACACAUGAAGAAUGGAGCCAAUGAUAAAGUGCAGAGAUGCUUCCAGUCAGCAAACCCUGAACAAAGGAAGCAUAUUCAGACCUUAAUUGAUUUUGGUCUGUUUUCCUUCGCAAUGUAAUGUUACAAACUUUGUUGUAUUACUGCGGAAAAAAAUCCAUAAGAUAUGACCAUUCCAAAGUGUAAGGAAACAAAAUAUAUUUCGAAUAAAAAUCUUUUCAUAAUCA